AUGAUUCGCAAUGCUCUCGUGCUGGUUGCACUAGCAGCCAGUGCCGUUGCUGGACCUUGCAAACCUGGCCACACUUCCCAAACGACUGAUGUCGCAACUACUACGCCUACCGUUUUACCAACCACUACUACUUCCCUGGGCGACAUCAUAGUCACCAACAGUAUUGCCAACGGCAGAUUUGCCAAUGGUAUCGAUGGUUUUGAUUCCGAAGGCGAGGCUAAUCACCAGCAAGGAGGAUGUUUCAAGGAUGACGGCAGCCCUGAUAACGGCUGCGCUUCCCUCAAAGCAGUUGGAGACUCCAAGAAACGAUUCCUUGGUUCAUUCGCGGGUAUCUCGCAGCUUCUCGAGUCUCUGCAACCAAGUACCACUGUCCUCUAUACUGUACAGUUUUACUACGCCGUUGUUACCGGUGGAGGAUUCCAGAUGUGCACUGUGAGUGCCUCUCUCGGUAACAGACAGUUCUACUCUAUGGGUCUGUUCAGUGUUGGAAACAGCAUCUCGUGGAACAGGGUCCUUACGUCAGUUACUGCUGAUUCUAGGAACGCGAACUUCGGCAUUUCUAUGACUUGUGCGGGCAAUGGGCAGGCACUGAUAUAUAUUGACUCGGUGUUUGUGUCCAAUCAAGUCACGCCAAAGAACAUCGAUCAGUUCCAGCUGGACUUUGAUGCCUCCUCGCCUGGACCUCAAAGUUCAAGCUCGACUUCUACGGUCUCUGCCGGAUCUUCAUCUACUUGGCUUCCCGAGCCAGACACGAGUAGUGAAGGUUCGGAACAUCCAACGCCAACUCCAAUUGGGACCAAGUCUUGGUUACCUGGACCCGAUACCUCCACUGGGACGCCUUUGCGAACUCCAUCAUCGUGGCUUCCUGAAGUAGAUACUACCAGAGCUGUUUCGACGCCUGCGCAGACUCCUUCCCCUUGGCUUCCCACUGUGGACACCUCCAAGCUUUUGACACCCUCUGGAACUCCAACCUCCGUGCUUCCCCAACCCGAUACAACAAGUGAGCCAUCAACGCCAACCUUUACACCCACGAAGAAAGAAGACCUCACUACUACGUCUGUCACCACUUCGAAGUCUGGAACGCCAACUGAAGUUUGCAAGUACACCCAUGGCGAAGAGUGCGAGUUUGACAGGUUCAAUUACCCCCAGGACGCCCUAUGUGCCUACGGUGCUUACUUCACUGGCCCAACAUGGACAGAAUCCCGUACCAACUAUCCCCAUCAAGACAAUGCCUAUCAGUGUAUAGCUAUUUGUAAGGGCAUGGAGAGCUGUCAAUCCGUGGGCUACUCGCAACACGACAACCGUUGUAUCUUCACAAGUGUCAGGAUUAAGGAAUCCGACUUUAUCAACUAUACCAGCCAAGGUGGGAGCUGGAAGCAUUCGUACUGGGUUGAUAAGCGUUGUUACAAGUGCCCAGACUGUAUCGCAGCUUCGGUUCCGAACACACCACCCGAGAGAUGUUCUUACACGGAAGGAGAUGCUUGCUCUCGAAAGGAUGCCCCAGAGGGGACCGUCUGCGGACUUGAUGCCUACAUGGCUGGUGGGUACUGGACAGGAGAUCAGUGGAUUGACCAAUAUCCGCGCCAGGACUCGGCUGGGGCCUGUGCUGCUAUCUGUGAAGCGAUACGGGACUGCAAGGGAUCGGCCUACAAAAAUGGACGUUGCAGAUUCUCUGCUUUCAAGCUCUCUACUACAGACGGCCCUAUUCCUCUCGAUACAACCCAGGGCGCCUCAAUGAACUGGCCCUGGGAUGAUCCAUCGUGUUUUAACUGCCCUGGAUGCAUGUAG